AUGCGUGUACCUGGUGAUGUGCUGGAAGGGCACAAGAUUUUUUACUUCAGAGAUGAGUUGUGGCUGCACACCACCUCUGUUCAGGUGUCUUUGUUGACACUUCGAGACGAAUAUCCUGCCAUUGGUAUUAUCAGCCCCUCUUUCCACGAGUUUUAUGUACUGGAGCAAAACCGACGCGUCGCAGCUGAUCUCCGGGCAGAAAACCGUGAGUAUACACGGGUCAUUGGAGUCAUGAAUGUCGGUUUACACUGA